UCGAACGGACACAUUGCGGUUAACCCGAUCGAAGAGGAACAUAUAUACACAUAUAGAAUAUAUAUGUAUAUAUAGAUUUAAAGCUAUAUAAAAGUGGUUCCGUGUGCGUUCAAGAUUAUAAGUGAAUUGUUACAAAAUGUGGGGCUUGAUUCUGGCCUUCCUGUCGCUGAGCGCGGUGUGCUGCCAGUCGGAACUGUUUCGGGAUGAUAUCAGAACGCCAGAGACUAUGGCCUAUGUGAACCGCCUUAUCGAGGAGAAGAGGCAGCGCGAGGCGCAACAGCGGAUGCCACAGGAGGCACAGCCGUCGCAGGUGCAGGUGCUACCAUCUAUACAGCAAUCGGAGCUGCAUCCGGAGCAGCCACAUCACGUGCCCCUGCCCACACUUGCGCCCCUGGAGUCACCGGGCCUUGUAAGCGCCUUUGCCAGCCAGAGCGAUCCCGUCAAUUCCCGCUUCGGAGCCAGCGCCAUCAAGCAACCUUACCCCAUCGGUUCUGGACUUGGAGCUACACACGUCGACCUGGCUACCUCGGAGCAGAUAUCGCAGUCUGUUCUGCAGUUCGCUUACAACUUGGGACGGCAUAUGGGUCAGAGGAAAAGCGAGAUCUUCUCGCCGCUGAGCAUUGUCCAUUCCCUGGCGCUCCUCUAUCUGGGCGCCAAGGGAAACACAUACCUUGAGCUGUCCUCGGUCUUUGGAAUCACGGACACCAACAAGUUGCACCAACAGUUUAGCCUGAUGCUGCGCGACCUGCAGCAGCCCACCCUGGAUCAGGUGACCGCCGGUCGUCCCCUGACCAACUGGCGGGCCACAAGUCCGAUGCGCGCGAACCGCAAGUCCCAGCGACCGGGAGCCCAUGAGGUGCACCUGGCCAAUGGAUUAUUCACCGCCACCGGCUUUACGCUCAACCCUGACUAUAGGCAGGUGCUCACCGAGCUGUACGGAGCCGAGCUGGAGGUGCAGGACUUCGAGGGCAGCCCGGCCACGGCCAGGUUCAAAAUUAACUCCUGGGUGGCAAAGCACACCGGAGGUCACAUCGAGAACAUCAUUGCCAGCGAGAUCCCGCAGAGCACGAGGAUGAUCCUGGCCAACGCCCUGUACUUCAAGGGCUUCUGGGAGACGGACUUCAUCGAGUCGGCCACGCGACCGGAAAACUUCUAUCCGAACGGCGAGGGUACGCAGCCGGUGGUGAGGGUGAAGCUGAUGGCCACUGGUGGCACCUUCCCGUAUCACGAGGAUGAACAGUUGGGCUGCCGGAUAAUUGGACUGCCCUACAGGGGAAACCUGAGCACCAUGUACAUCAUCCAGCCACUGAAGUCCUCCACGGUUGAGUUAAUGGCACUGCAGAGGCGCUUGUUGCCCGAAAGGAUCGAGGAGCUCAUCAGCAGGAUGUACCGGAGAUCGGCCAUCGUGGCCAUACCCAAAAUGCACCUCACCGAGUCCGUCAACCUGAAGACUAUGAUGCAGAACAUGGGUCUGCGCGGAAUCUUUAGCACCGUGGAAAACGAUCUUUCCCUGAUCGCCUCACAUGAGACUCGGACUUCAGGUCAUCAACGAGCCGCCACCACGAAUUCUCUGGGCGGCAACAGCCUCCAGAAUCUGGAGGCCCAGCGGAAGGCACCAGGUGGAGCACACUCCGAUCUGGUGGUGGACGACAUUGUCCACAAGGUGGACUUCAAUGUCAACGAGCAGGGAACGGAGGCGGCGGCAGCCACCGUCACGUAUCUAAAGAAAUCCGGCCCGGAUGUGAUCUUCCGGGUGGACACUCCCUUCAUGGUGCUAGUGCGUCACGAUCCCACCAAGCUGGUUCUCUUCUACGGCAUCAUUAAUGAGCCACCGGCGGCAUUUUAACAAUUAGCAUAAUUCUUAUUAGUUAAGUUCUAGUUCCUUAGUUCGUUGACUCUAGUUAGGAACUUCAUUAAUCAUUUUAAAUGAUGCAAAUUAAUUAAAUCAUAAUAACAAUAUAGUACA